AUGCUGCCCUCCUGGGUGCCGGGUGUUGCCGCUGGGAUUGUCUCCUUACACCUCAUCCAGAAACUCCUCUUCCCCUACUUUUGGGCUGACCUGAGAUACCUGCUAAAAGUAUUGAUGUAUGGGCUGAGAGUGGAGAUGUACAGGCUGCAAGGGAGGAUUGUCACCGUCCUGGACAAGUUUGUGAAGCUGGCUGAGAAGCAGCCCCACAAGCCAUUCCUCAUCUACGAAGGGAAGGUGCACACCUACCAGGAUGUGGACCGGAGGAGUAACAAAGUAGCACAGGUCUUCCUGCACCACGGGGCUCUGAAGAAGGGCGACACGGUGGCCUUGCUGAUGGGCAAUGAGCCAGACUUCAUCCACGUGUGGUUCGGACUGGCCAAGCUGGGCUGCGUGGUGGCUUUCCUCAACUUCAAUGUCCGCUCCAGAUCUCUCCUGCACUGUGUCAGUAGCUGUGAGCCCAAGAUACUGGUUGUGGGAGCAGAUUUGCUUGGGACAGUGGAAGAAAUUCUUCCUAACCUCCAAAAAGAUAUUACUGUGUGGAUAAUGACCAAAGACUCCACUUUUCCAAGUGUGCAUACCCUUUUGGACAAAAUAGAGGCUGCAUCUGAAGACCCUGUUCCAGUUAAUCAACGCUCUGCCAACAACCUCAAGUCAUCUGUUUUAUAUAUAUUUACUUCAGGAACAACAGGUCUUCCAAAGGCUGCAGUCAUCAGUCACAUGCAGGUUCUUAAAGGAGCUGCUGGACUGUGGGCUUUUGGUGCUACUGCAGAAGACGUCAUUUAUAUUACUCUGCCUCUUUAUCACAGUGCAGCAUCUCUUCUUGGCAUCGGUGGAUGCAUUGAAUUGGGUGCGACUUGUGUGUUAAAAAAGAAAUUCUCAGCUAGUCAGUUCUGGAGUGACUGCAAAAAGUACAAUGUGACUGUCAUCCAGUACAUUGGAGAACUUUGCCGUUACCUUUGCAGCCAGCCAGUG